GGCUCCGGUGGCGAGAGGAGGCGGCGGCGGCGGAGGAGGAGGAGGAGGCGGCGGCCGGAGCCGGAGCCGGAGCCGGAGCCGGAGCAGAAGCGGGGGGCGCUCGCCGCUGCCCCGGGGCCGGGACAUGUCGUCGGCGGCGGUGGCGGCUGCUUCCCGCAGGCAGUCGUGCUACCUGUGCGACCUGCCCCGCAUGCCCUGGGCCAUGAUCUGGGACUUCACCGAGCCCGUGUGCCGGGGCUGCGUCAACUACGAGGGCGCCGACCGCGUGGAGUUCGUCAUCGACACGGCGCGGCAGCUCAAGCGGGCGCACGGCUGCUUCCCCGAGGGCCGGGCCCCGCCGCCGCCGCACGCCAAGCAGCCGGCGCUGUCCGCCAAGGAGCUGCUGGCGCAGCAGCAGCAGCAGCUCGGGCACCCGGCGGCCGCGGCGGCGGCGGCGGCGGCGGCGGCGGCCGAGGCGGCGGCGCGGCCCCCGCCGCAGCCCCUGGAGCGCUACCCGCUGGCUGCCGAGCGGCCGCCGCCCCGCCUGGGCGCCGAGUACGGCGGCGGCCGGCAGGUGAACGGCAUCCUGGUGCCCAACGGCUUCCCCAAGCCCGAGGAGCCGCCCGAGCUCAACCGGCAGAGCCCCAACCCGCGGCGGACACACGCCGUGCCGCCCACCCUGGUGCCGCUGGUCAACGGCGCCGGGCUCCCCGCCGCCAUCGGCAGCCUGGGCAGCCGCGCCGCCGCCGCCGCCGCCUCGCUGGCCGCCAUCUCGGCCGCGCCCGCCCCGCUGGCCGUGCCCGUGCCCCAGCAGCCGGCGGCGGCGGCGCAGGCGGCGGCGGCGGCGGCCGGGGGGGGCGGGCAGCCCGGCGAGCUGGGGCACAAGCGGCCCGGCUCCGUCUCCUCCUCGUCCUCCUCGUCGGGCGGCGGCGGCGCGGCGGGGGAGCACGACGGGGGAGCCAAGGAGAAGCGCGGCUCGGCGGAGAGCCUGCCGGCGGCGGCGGCUGCAGCAGCGGCGGAGCUGGGAGCCGAGGGCAAGGGCCGAGCGGGGGGCGAGGAGUGGCUGGCCAAGCCCAAGACGGUGCGGGACACGCUGCUGGCCCUGCACCAGCACGGCGGGCACGCCGUGCCCCCCUUCGACAGCAAGUUCAAGAAGGAGCCGGGCAUGGCGGGCGGCCGGCUGCUGGGCUACGAGACCAACGGGGCCGUGGCCAAGCCAGGGGCCCGGGCAGCCCGGAAGAGGAAGCCGUCCCCCGAGCCGGAGGGCGAGGCGGGACCCCCGAAGAUCAACGGGGAGGCGCAGCCCUGGCUGCCGACCUCGUCGGAAGGGAUGAAGAUGCCGCUGACGGCCACCUCCUUCAUGUCGCCCCCGCCGCCCACCGCCUCGCCCCACUCCAACCGGACCACGCCGCCCGAGGCGGCCCAGAACGGCCAGUCCCCCAUGGCCGCGCUCAUUUUGGUGGCGGACAAUGCCGGGGGCAACCACGCCUCCAAAGAGGCCAACCAGGUCCACUCCACCACCAGGAGGAACAGCAGCAGCCCCCCCUCGCCCUCCGCCAUGAACCAAAGAAGGCUGGGCCCCGGCAGGGAGGUGCCGGGCCAGGGGGCCAACGCGGCGGGCGGGCUGGAGCCCGUGCACCCCGCCAGCCUGCCGGACUCGUCCCUCGCCGCCAGCGUCCCGUUGUGUUGUACCCUGUGCCACGAGCGCCUGGAAGACACCCAUUUUGUGCAGUGCCCCUCGGUCCCGUCCCACAAGUUCUGCUUCCCCUGCUCCCGGCAAAGCAUCAAGCAGCAGGGAGCCAGCGGGGAGGUGUAUUGUCCCAGUGGGGAGAAGUGUCCCCUGGUCGGCUCCAACGUCCCCUGGGCCUUCAUGCAGGGGGAGAUCGCCACCAUUCUGGCCGGAGAUGUGAAAGUCAAAAAGGAGAGAGACUCGUGACUUUGCCGGCCUCGCGGCCCGACGCCACCUUUAACUCAAACUGCUUGAAUUCUGUAUAUAUCUAUAAAUAUAUAUAUAUAAAUAUAUAUAUAUCUCCAAGACAAGGGAAAUGUAGACUUCAUAAACAUG